AUGUUAUUUAUCCCAAAUAUGAUUGUAAUUCCUACAGCUGGUAAGUUUGCUGGUAAAAAAGCAGUAGUAAUUAAAAAUAUUGAUGAUAGAAUCUGUCUAAUUGCUGGUGUUCAGAGAUUACCUAAAGAAAGUGAGGAUUACAUGUCAAAGGUAGAAAAAAGAAAAAAUGAUAGAUUUUUAUCAUUUGUUAAGAAAGUUAAUGUAAGACAUCUUAUGGCUACUAGAUAUAAAGCAGACAUUGGAUUAAGUGAAGUAGAUUACUCUCAAAUAUCUAACAUUAAUUCUAAGAAGGAAGUAAGAAAUAAAGUAGUCGAUAUUAUGAAGAAAGCACAAGAAAAUGGAAAGGCCAAGUUUUUAUUUACUGAACUUAAAUUUUAUUAA